AGCUACCAACUUGGUCAUUAUUAUUGGACGAUUACAAACUGUUUCGGUCAUUAAGCGAUUGGCGUUCUUGUCAACUAGAUCUGUAAAUAUUAGAAUAUUAUUUACGAUAAAGAGUCAAGAUGAAGAAUAUAUUAAUAAUGUUUGUGUUUAUUGGUGUGAUGACAAAGCUGGCACUCGUUUCUGCAAUAUGUUCCAGCUCUACAAGUUAUUCUUGCACCCGAUAUACGACAGCAUUAGCUCGAUUAACCAGCCCAACAAUUGACGACAUAUGCACGGCUAUAAAGAAUGUACGAGCUUGUUUUACAAACAACAAUUGUGAUCUGGCUUUAAGUUUAUUUAACGAUAAUAUUAAAGUUGUUCUUGAUAGGGCACAGAUAUCUUGUUCUGGUACCAGCGGGAGUUUUAUAACGACCCUUGCCCCACCAAUCAAUAUGACAGAUAUAACUACCCACAUGGUGACUGGAGCGCCAUCAUGUGAUGCUAUAGAAAUUCAAGCAUGUAAUAGAUAUACAGAUGAGUUGAAGUCAAUAAUCAGACCUACCAAAGAACAAAUCUGUGGUACCGUUACAAAGGUGAGAAACUGUCUGGAAGGUUGUGACUUGGCUUUAAGCCUCUUUAACAGCUACAUGGACAAGGCUUUUAGAUCAUGGGGUUUCACAUGUGAGUCAAGCUCGGUGACAACACCCACACCCAAUACUGGUUACUGUAAUGAUCUAGAAAUUAAAUCUUGUUAUAGAUAUGAUGACGAAUUGCUUAAAAUAGCCAACCCUACAUUGGCGCAAAAUUGCUCGACGGCUUUUAAAAUAGAGAAUUGUUUGAAGGGUUGUGAUGAGGCCCUCGGGAAGUUUAAAGCCCGGAUGCAGAAGAUGUUUGCUGACAAUGGUGGUGGCGUCUCUUGUGAUCAAGUUUCCAGGACAGAUAUCGAUAAGCUUGAUUCGUGCUCGGCACAAGAAAUUGGAUCUUGUACCAGUAUUUUAAAAAAAAUAAGUAAACCAACUGCAGGUCAAAUCUGCUCAUCCAUGCCUAAGGUAAAGAAUUGUUUGGGUAACAAAGGUUGUAAUGUAGCUCUGAAUUUAUUUAAAGAAAAUACCGGUGAAUUACUUGCUAAGUACAAUGUUAUUUGUGGCUGUUCCAAACUUAACAGUCCCGGUUUGUGUUUUAUUCUACUUAUGACGGUUCUCUGUAUGGCUAAACAUUAUUUCCAACAGUAACAUUUCUUUACUCAUCAAUAAAUAAGUUUAUUUCUGGGCGACGGGUUCUCUCGUCUUCAUUAACCAACUUGUAUUCCAUAUAACUGUGUCAUAUGUUAUUCUAUCAGUUAGUAAAUGCAGUUUAAACAAUUCAAAUGUAUAUAUCUGUUCUUUUGGACCACCAUUUCCAAUAUUUAAUUUAUUAGCUUAGUUUUCUUGAAACCAUUACCAAACAUCAGAUGUAUUUUUAUAAAUAUUGUGAUACAUAUUUUUAUUAUUGAAUUAUUAUUAACUUGUAACAUGAUCAUAAUAAGGUGUGAUUAUUUAAUAUUUAGACGAUUCAAUUCUAUUUUUUGUAAAAUAAAAAUAAAAAUGUUCCUUUUUUA